CAGAGGGGGCCACGGGGCGGGCUCUGCCCGCGAGGGGCGGGGCCUGCCGUACGGCGCCGCCAUGCAGCGCGACGUGGGCAGCCUGCCGCUGGCCCCCGCGCUGCGGGCGCGGCUGGUGGCCGCCGGCUUCCAGACGGCGCAGGAGGUGCUGGAGACCGGGCCCUGCGGGCUGAGCAAAGAUAGCUUGCUGUCACCUGAAUUCUGGUUGCAGUGCACCACCGCUCUCGGUUCUUUUGAAAAUUUGAUCGUUAGUUCCAGAAACAUUGAAAUUGGCAUCUCCAAAGAAGAGGCACUAGAAGCAUUACAGGUUGUGAGGCAGGAAUGUCACAGUGAUGCGACAAGGACUGCUGGGGCACCCGGCACCUCCAGGAAGUGCACAGCGCUGGAGCUGUUGGAACAAGAGCAAGCCCAGGGCUUCAUCAUCACCUUUUGUUCAGCACUAGACAAUGUUCUUGGGGGUGGUGUGCAACUAACAAAAAUCACUGAGAUCUGUGGAGCACCCGGUGUUGGGAAAACACAGCUAUGCAUGCAGCUGGCAGUAGAUGUACAGAUCCCAGAGUGCUUUGGGGGUCUCGCUGGAGAAGCAGUGUUCAUUGACACUGAAGGAAGUUUUAUGGUAGACAGAGUCGUGGAUAUUGCAGCUGCCUGCGUGCAGCAUUGCCAGCUUAUUGCUGAAGCUCACCAAGAAGAAGAUCAUCUAAAAGCUUUGGAGACUUUUUCUCUUGAAAGUAUCCUUUCUCACAUAUAUUACUUCCGUUGCCGUGACUACACAGAGCUUCUAGCAGAGGUCUACCUCCUUCCAGACUUCCUUUCAGAGCAUUCAAAGGUCCGACUGGUGGUAAUUGAUGGAAUUGCAUUUCCCUUUCGCCAUGACUUUGAGGACCUCUCACUUCGCACGAGGCUUUUAAAUGGUCUUGCACAACAGCUGAUCAUCAUAGCAAAUGACCAUAAAGCAGCGGAGAUUCCUUUUGUGAUUUGAUUGGAAAAAGAAUGUUCCUUUGGUGACUUCUCAUACCUACAAAGCACACACAUUAAAAUACAUCAGAAUAUUUAGCAGUACCAGCAUAAAUUUAUAUUCUUCAUUUAAAAAUAAGCUACUGUGUUAGUGGAAGAACUGCUCCUGGGGAGGAAAACCACUUUAUCUGCUAGAGUUUGGCUUGCUCUUCUGGCAUCCAUGGAAACCCACAGCUUCCUGCCUGGGGAUUGUUUCUACCUCAUUCACGCCAAUGUGGAAGCCUGCAAACGUGCAGCCGUGUAGCCAGCAGAUGGCACUCAGAAGCUACGUCUGUUACAGAAGUUGCUUGGCAAGUCCGUUACAGCACAGGAAAGCGUUGUUCAGGAAUUAGAGCCUACAGGGUCUCAAAAUGGUGCUUGUCUCUGUAACUGUUUCCAGCUGACUUGCUUUCUUGUCACCCACAACUCUCUCACGCGAUUGGCUUUUGUUCAUACUGCUAAAAGUAAGCCUCCCCUUGUGUUUCCUCUGAUAGUUGCAGGAAGGGAAGGAGCACAACUCUGUAUUCCGCCAGGGUUAGGCAACUGUACUUGCCGCUGAAAGCAAAUCCCCUCUCUCCCCCCGGUAUGAAUUAUGAAGGUUCUUCCUUCUGGUGUGGGCACCAAAGGAGACAAUUAUUAUAUGACUUCUUGAUUUGCACAACGUCCAGUUUAUUGACUGCUCUCACUCAUACGUUAGGUGCCCAGUGACCUUGAAAGGCAGCAGUUGUCAUUGUAUAGUCUUUUUUCUUCAGUUGAGUGUCGAACAAGUGAGCACUUUAGUACAAAUGUUUGUUAAAUCAACACUUGCUAAAGAAGUGAUCGGUCACAGAGCUUCAGAAAUGGUCUAGCUCAGAGUGGCCCUCUUGUUAGUUUUUGAGUUAGUUGCAUGUAGCUUGCAAGCAGUCUAAAUUAAGCUUGCAUGCCAGGAAUUGCUUGACUGGCAGCAGAGCUGGGCUGUCUGAAUGGUCUAAUAUGGGAGGAAGUGAGUUUCUUUAGUUUCUAAAGCUGAACUCGUUGGUUUGUGCUGGGAUGCCCAGUCAAGCUCUCCUCUAGCAAUGAGAUGUGGGGCUGUUGCGGGGCUGUUAUCAUUGAUCUGUGAUGAGUUAAUUCUCCAAAAUACACAGUGUAUCUUUUGGGGCUUUCAGCUAUGUAAAUGUUUUGGUAUGUGCCCCAUAUGUUCAGUGGCAUUGGCUGCUCUAGUGCACUUUUUUAACUGUUCAAGCAAGAAUCAUACAGGCAUGUCAAACACUGAAAAACCCUAGGGUUUAAGAUAGGUACAAUUUUUUAUUUUUCAUUUUUAAUGAACCUUGCAAUUAAUAUUCCUGGCUCUUUUUUGUCUCACCCACCCCCACUUCUACCAAGGAUCUAACCUAGACUGUCUGUGAACCUCCUACGAAUGAUUCGUGCUGCGAAAACACUCCCCCGCUCUGUCUGUUCAUUCUCAUUCUGCUUUGUAUUGUACCCACUUGCACAUUUUUAGACUGCAAGGUGCAGAAAUUUUGUUAAUCAUUAGGCUUAUGUAUGCUUUGUGCAGCACCACCAAGUUUGUUUAUGCCACAGUGGGUGAAACCUAUCCAUAUAUAGAGAGCUAAUACAAGUCCUGUGCAUCUAAAUACAGAUCCAAAAACUCUUUAGUACAUACACAGUGGAAUAUGAGAGUUGUGUUGGGUUUCUAUCUCUUGCGUAGGGAGAGAUUUCAUUUUGUAAGUCUUGAAUGAAAGAAAUCCACUUCCCACUGAAAUUGAAAAUACAUUUUGCAGAGUUCUCCUAUUUUGUUUUGGCUAUUGAGAAAAGAUGAGGCACCUUUAUAGUUUCUUCGUGUUAACACAAAGCUUUCAUUCCGUUGGCAAGAGUUUGGUGUGAGGAAGCACUUUAUCAAUAAAACCUUUUAGAAAAAUCUG